GAUAUAGAAAAUGACCUCUGUAGUCGUAGAUAAUCAAUCUAAAAUUGAGGAACAAGUUCCAGCGCUCCCCAGUAAUUACCGUUUCGAAAUUGAUAAAUGUAUUAAACGAAUACUCGAAAAAAAGGCUCAGCGGGUUGCACUACAAUUUCCUGAAGGGCUUUUGAUGUUUGCUGCACCCAUAGCAGAUAUUCUAGAGGAAAAAACAGGAGCUGAAAUGGUCAUUUUGGGUGACGUCACAUAUGGCGCGUGUUGCGUGGAUGACUUCUCCGCUGCUGCACUUGGGUGCGAUUUCUUAGUUCAUUACGGCCACAGCUGCCUUAUCUCCAUCAAGGAUUGUGUUUUUCGUAACAUGAUGUAUGUCUUCGUGGAGAUUGACAUAGAUGUUCAACACUUUGUGGAUACCGUGAAGGCACUGGUGCCGCGUGAAACGCGUGUGGUUUGCAUUGCAACAGUGCAGUUUAUUUCCUCCAUGCGAGCAGGUGUAAUGUUGCUUAAGGAUCACUUUGAGCACGCAAUUAUUGUCCCUCAAUGUCGCCCUCUGUCUACUGGAGAAUUACUAGGCUGCACAAGUCCGAAGGUGAAUCCGUCAGAAGUGGAUGUUGUGCUCUAUGUAGGAGAUGGCCGCUUCCAUUUGGAGUCCUUCCUCAUUGCUCAUCCAACGCUUUCUGCCCUACAGUAUGAUCCGUAUAAAAAGAGGCUUACCAAGGAAGGCUACGCCACCUCCGAGAUGCGUGCUUUGAGGAAGGAUGCUAUCGACAAGGCUAGAAGCGCACAGAGUUUUGCUCUAAUCAUGGGCACCUUGGGUCGACAGGGGAACCCUCGCGUUGUAGAUCGCAUCAUCGCUCUGGCAGAACGACAAGGAAAGCAUGUAACAUUACUUCUGAUGUCUGAAAUAUUCCCUCAAAAAUUAGCACAACUAGCAGAUGUCGAUUGCUAUAUACAGGUUGCAUGUCCACGUCUCUCUAUCGAUUGGGGCUAUGCCUUUGAUCGCCCAUUGCUGUCCCCAUAUGAAGCAGAGGUGGCACUUGGAAAUAUUGAAUGGAAGGAGGAAUAUCCCAUGGAUCAUUAUUCACAAAAUGGUGGCAACUGGGCUGUUUAUACAGACAAAUCCAUUUGAAAAGACUAAUAUUACAAGUUAAUAAAAGUAGAAAGUGUUUCGAGUAAUUAAGUAUAUCUUAUAAUUGAUUAAUAUUUCAUAUAGUUCUGCUUAAACUAGUUUUAUGCCUUACGGGAUUCGUAAGUCAAAUUCUUGCCUACAUACUUAUGUUUGCAAAUACUAAUGAACCAAUAUGCAAGGUGUAGCGUCAG